ACGUGCCGUUUGUCAACGGAUCGGAGGAGAAACACCGGCGAGAGCUAGAGAGAGACACUACAAGCGGUCCGCCGUCAUGAGUAGCUCGGAGGAGGUGUCGUGGAUAUCUUGGUUCUGUUCCCUCAGAGGAAACGAGUUCUUCUGCGAGGUGGACGAAGACUAUGUACAGGACAAGUUCAACCUGACAGGACUGAACGAACAGGUCCCUCACUAUCGACAAGCCCUCGACACCAUCCUGGACCUGGAGCCAGGUCAGAACUAUACCUUUCCUCUAAAACCCUUUGGACGCCAUCCUUAUUAAUAAGCAGAAAAUGAUGCAUUAAGUAUUAGCGUUGAGUACUAUAAUCCCCCUUAUGGACUUAUGGUGGCUCUGGACACAUUUAUGUGUCCGCGACUGGUUACGUGUUAAAAUUGACCCUUUUGUGGUAUCAGGCCACCAGUCCGUGCUGUGUGUCUUAUGUGUGUGUAAUAGAUGAUGACUUGGAAGAUAAUCAGAGUGACCUCGUUGAGCAAGCCGCUGAGAUGCUAUAUGGACUCAUCCACGCACGCUACAUCCUCACUAACAGAGGACUGGCUCAAAUGAUCGAGAAGUAUCAGAGAGGAGACUUUGGACACUGUUCCCGCGUCUUCUGUGAGAAUCAGAGUGUCCUUCCCAUAGGUCUGUCAGAUGUGCCCGCAGAGUCAAUGGUGAAGGUCUACUGCCCCAAGUGUGUGGACGUGUACACCCCGAAAUCCUCACGACAUCACCACAUCGACGGAGUCUAUUUUGGCACCGGGUUCCCUCACAUGCUGUUCAUGGUCCACCCGGAAUUGAGGCCACCCAAACCAUCCAACCAGUUUGUCCCUAGACUGUAUGGGUUCAAGAUCCACCCAAUGGCCUACCAGCUCCAACAGCAGGCAGCUGCCAAGAGUCGCUCCACCACCUCGCGCCAACGAUCACAGAAGCAGAACUUCAAAUAGAGCACACCAUGCAUGCAAACAACUAUACGUAACCUGUGAUUUGUAUAAUAUAUUAUUAUGUUUCUGUGCAUGAUAACAAUGGAAUGUGCCUCGAUGAUGAUUUCUUAUGUAGAAGUCCGCUGAUCAGUCAGCGGAACACUAAAUGAAAUAGCGUUCCUCUGAUUGACCAAUCGGAUUCAGAACUCACUAGAGCCUGGCUCUAAGUAGUUAGGCGACGAG